GUGUGCCAACAAUCGGGCGACGUAGGUGACGUUAGUGUACCGACUGAAGUUUCGACUGAUUUCGACUUGAGAUCUGUCGCCACUGUCGGAAUGGCUGCUCUCAGAUUUCUCUGUGCCGUGACGUUUUCACGCAGUCGCACGUCGAAACCAAAGCUGAUUUUGAGCCCAAAUGUCUCGAUUUGAUUUUCGAUCGAAGACAUACCUUAUCUCGCUAUCAGAUAUAAUGUAGCGAGUUAUUAAUAUCUACACUUCUGCUAGUUUUUCUAUGCUCACUCGUCAUUGCUCGUCAUGGCGGCGGCCAAGAGCGAAGAUAGCAAGGACGAUAAUCUAAAUAGGCAAGGCUCAUUUAGGAAGCUUGUGCCUGGAAGCAAUAAUGGGGAUUCUCCACUGAGCAUGUCUGUGAAAAUGAUAGACAGACCAAUUGUGUCACAAACCAACAAACAACAUGCUAUUUUUUUGCAAGAAUAUAACGUCCUAUCUGAGUAUAAAAUGUGUUCUCAAGAUUUGAGGGGCAUUUAUGUGAUACCAUCUGCCUUAAAUGCUUUUCUGUGGUUUGGCGUACACUUCAUUCGGCAAGGAUUCUACAAAGGCGGAGUUUUUAGAUUCACCAUUACACUGCCUCCAAACUUUCCACUCGGAGAUUGCCCUAAAGUUGUAUUUGAAACUCAAAUCUUCCAUCCAUUGAUAAAUCCAGAAAACGGAGAAUUGUGUACGUCGUGGGGAUUUCCUGAAUGGAGGAGGAACAACAGAAUUUCGCAAUUAUUACAAUAUAUCACUAAGAUAUUUAUUAAACUAGAUACGAAAAUGACUCCAGUCAACGCGGAUGCAUCUAGCCUGUAUGAAAAAAAUGUUGAAGCUUUUCGAGAACGCGUAAAAGCAUGCGUGAAGGAAAGCGUGAAUCAGGUGUUUAAUCUACCAUCUACCAUGGAUGAUCCGCAUUAUAUUACGUUUAAUCAAUAUGUGAAUGAAAUACAUGAUCCCAUCAAACGAGAAAUUUAUGAUCCAAAAGACGAGGAAGAAAAUAAGCAAUUGGGUUUUUCAUGGGUACAACCCGGUUCGCUUCAGCCAUUUUCAAAACCAGAGGCGAGAUAAUGAAGGAAUUCUAAAUGAUGGCAGUAGUGAAACGACAUACAUCCUUAUGAGCUAUACGAAAAAAUUGUUGCUCUCUUGAUAAUUGCGCAGACGAUGCCGAUGAAGUCAAUCCCAAAACUUGCCGGAAAAAAAUUAUUUUUUUAUUCAGACUAUUAUGUCUAAACAUUUUAUACAUGUCUAUAU